GUUCAGCAGCAGCAGCAGCAGCAGCAGCAGAGAGGAGGAGGAGAGAGACAGAGCAUUAGCAGCAGCCUUACCUCCUGCUCUCAGAGGGGUGAGGAGCUGCAUGUGGCAUCUCUCCUGCAAGCAGCUACUGGGGUGUGUGCCAUCCCCAAACCCACCCCUGCACCUAUAGGAGCAGUGCCACCAGUGUGCCCAGCCUCACAGCCAGCACACAUUGCUAACAGUCACUUGGUGGAUGUGACCAGAGGGCACCAGGGUGGUCCAGCUGCAUGCCCUCCCUUACCAUCACCCCUCCUAGGUGAUCUGCUCAUCCAUGGUGGAUCUUCCAGGACUCCUCCAGGUCUGUGAAGCGACGCUCUGCAACCCGGGACGGGCCCACCAUUAAAAACGGCAGAGGCGGAUUUAGUUGGCAGAGGAGCUGACAUUCUUCCCCUGGACAAGUUCCGCUGGAUAUUACUACACAAGAGAAAGUUCAGCUGACGCCGGUUCUGGGAAUCCAGGCCGGCUGGGGGCUGACUGACACCCCUCUGCCCCUGGGCUGUGGUUGCCAGCGGGCGUCUCUGACAGACUGGAGGUCCGGGUAGGGUCUCUCCUGAUGCUGCAUGAAAGGACAGGUGUAUCUCUCCUUGCUGGCUUCCUAUGCUCGGCUGGCAGGUCUGUGCUAUGCAUUGGGCUUUCUGGACUGUCAGCCUAUUGUUUUGCUGCGUUGAAGGUGCCGUCCGAUCCGACGCUCAGACUGUGGUUGGCCGCGCAGGAGAGAGUGCGGUGCUGGGGUGCAGCAUUCUCCACCAGGACACGGGGCGCCCUCCCCUCUAUGUCAUCGAGUGGGUGCGCUUUGGCUUCAUCCUCCCCAUCUUUAUCAAAUUCGGCCUCUACUCCCCCCGCGUGGACCCGCAGUACCUCGGGCGCACGCGGAUCGAAGAAGGCGCCUCUUUACGCAUAGACUCCCUUCGCUCUGACGACCAGGGGUGGUAUGAAUGUAGGGUGCUGUUUCUGGACCGUCACCAUGGCGAUGAGGACUUCAAAAAUGGGACUUGGAUUCACCUCACUGUGAACUCCCCCCCUGCUUUCCGUGAGACCCCGCCCAUGCACGUGGAGGUGCGUGUCGGAGACACCUUGACGCUCACUUGUCUAGCAUAUGGGAACCCGCAGCCGGUCGUGUCGUGGAAGCGAGAUGAUGCCAUCAUAGAGAGCGGGGACAAGAUCCAGAUUAAUAAUGGGUCAUUACGGAUCGUCGGGGUUCAGCGUUCCAGCGCCGGCGUGUACACAUGCCAUGCGUCCAGCGACGAGGGAGAGGUGACUCACACAAGCCGUGUGCUGGUACAAGGUCCACCCGUCAUCGUCGUCCCUCCAGAAAACAUCACCGUCAAUAUAUCCCAAGAUGCCUUUCUGACCUGCCAGGCCGAGGCCUAUCCCGCUAACCUCACCUACAGCUGGUUCCACGGCAACAGCAACGUCUAUCUCCUCAGCCGUCUCCAGUCUAGAGUCCGCAUCCUGGUAGAUGGGAGUUUUCUUCUGCAACAGGUCACCCCGGAGGAUUCUGGGAAAUACACCUGCAUCCCCAGCAACGGCAUGUGGAAGUCGCCGUCUGCCUCGGCCUACCUCACCGUCCUGCACCCAGCGUAUGUGACGGACAUGCCCCCCGAGACCUACUUGCCCAUCGGCAUGCGAGGUGUAAUCAGUUGUCCCACCAGAGCCAAUCCACCAUUGUUAUCUGUCAGCUGGACUAGGGAUGGUGCCCCGCUGGAGUUCCGCAAGUUCCCAGGUUGGUACUUGGAAGAUAACGGCUCGAUUGUGAUAGCAACGGGUAACGAUGAUGCCCUCGGCACAUACACUUGUACCCCCUACAACAGCUACGGCACCGCAGGAAUCUCCCUUCCCACCGUGGUUAUACUGAAGGACCCUCCGGUGUUCUCUGUUCUGCCCAAAGACGAGUAUUUUCAGGAAGUCGGGAGAGAGCUGGUGGUGCCGUGCUCCGCAGUGGGUGACCCUCCACCUUCUAUACAAUGGUCUAAGUUGGGUCUGGCUGGGAGAAGCGCAGCUCAAAUGGACGUCAACGGCAGUUUGGUAUUUAGACCCCUGACCAAGGAGGAGCACGGCAUGUGGGAAUGCACAGCGGCCAAUCACGUGGCCAGGAUCAGCGCGCGCACGGCCGUCUUUGUGCUGGGCACCAGCCCCCACGCUGUGUCCAACAUCUCUGCUCAGGAGCUGGUGUCCGCGGUAAACAUCAGCUGGAACCCCGGCUUUGACGGAGGAUAUUUCCAGAGGUUCAGCGUUUGGUAUGCCCCGCUGGUGAAGCGACUGUCUCACGGGCACCACGAGUGGAUCUCCCUCUCGGCGCCAGUCGGGGCCAACCACCUGGUGGUGGAGAACUUGCAGGCAGACGGCGACUACCAGUUUAGUGUCCUGUCUCAGAACAAGCUGGGGAGUGGUCCGUUCAGUGAAAUCGUGACCGCCUCUCCUCUGAGUGUCCCACCCACCACCUUGACUCCUCCUGUACCCACCACAGACCCUCGAGACACCCUCACCCCUCCGCGCUUCCUGGCCGCCAAUGAGACGUCCCGCGGCGUGCUGCUGACUUGGGGUCCUCCGCUGCGCUCUUUCAUUCCGCUACGUGGUUAUGGACUGGAGUGUAGGCGGGACGAGGGAGCCUGGGAGCUGCUUGACGAAUCCAUCCCGACAACUCAAACCGAGCUGCUUGUUCCUGGACUGGUUAAGGAUGCCAUGUACGAAUUUCGCCUGGUGGCAUUUGCUGGCGAUUAUAUCAGCGAGCCCAGUAACUCUGUAAACAUCUCCACGGCAGGGAUGAAGGUGUACCCAUCACAUACAGAGCUCCCGGAGGACCAGCAGAAGUCCCUGUUGGCUGGUGUGGUCGGGGGUGCCUGUUUCCUUACCCUGGCAAUCAUCCUCAGCACCAUUGUCGCCUGUUUGAUGAACCGCCGCCGGGUCAGACGUCGACGUAAACGGAGACAGCAAGAUACACCAAUGGUCUUCUCCCAACCCAAGAAAGCCUCUCCUUCACAAAAUUCUAAUGGUUCUAGCAGCCCCGACAGUCUCAUGAGGCUCAAGCUUCAAGUGUCACCAUACGAAAGCUUCCGGAGAUCUCUGCAUUUGGGGGAAAAGACGGUGAACAACCUAGGUGUGACCCACGGGAGCAGCACAAUUGGCAAAUACACCAUUUAUGAGAGUCAUGUUGGAGAGUGUGUGCCAUUGGAGCGUAUAAGUCGUGGCCCCGAUGGACGUUUCGUGGUGGAGACGGAGACCAGGCCAAACAGGGGGAGCAUCCGGGGCUUCCCUUACGUGACGGAGACUGAUCUCUACCCAGAAUUCAACGCCAGAGACUCCUCAGAUCUCAGCCAAUGUUCACAGGCCAAAACAUACUUGCAGGUUUGCCAAUUACCUGAGCGGCACCUGGAGUCCUGGAGGGAUGAAGUGAAGAUGAGACCAAAGGCCACAGGUCAGGCCCGUAAGGAUGCAAGAGAUUCUGGUCACCGCCAAGGAAGGUAUUUUGGCUGUAGUAGCAGCCCUCUGGAUGAAGUCAAACCCUUCCGAAUCGCAGAUAUUAGUCCUGUGACAUCUGCUGUGACACUCCCGUAUGGGCAAGUAGAAGAGGCACGGUGUGGAGAUUCAGCUGAAAUGGAAGGCGGUUUGGAGAGAACUAUUUCUACACUCCGAGAAUCGGAACAUGACUGUUUCUCCUCAUUGAAUACAGUAAUUCGAGCUCCUUCUCUACUGUCGCACAAACCUCUUGUAUUCAAUGACCAAGCAAGCCAAAUGAGACAUAGCUUGUCAACUCAGAGUGGCAUUCUCCAAUAUCUCAGUCUACCUUUCUUUAAGGAGAUGAGUGUCGAUGGGGACUGGCCAGUGGAGGAAGAAUCUCAUGCUAGGAGCUCAGAGCCAAGCUCUUCAGAGACUGAGGAACGAGAAGUCCCUAAUAACAUGCAUUUGGAUGAUAGGACAUUAAUGGAUGUUGAUGGAACAAGUGGGGCUCGUAAAGAGGACUCUCCACGGGCCACCCACAAUUUAUUGCCACUUGAAUAUAUGAACUGUAAACAAGAGCAGUCUGUGCCUGUCAAGUCUUUUCUGAAACCCCCAGAGCCUAAUUUGGGACCCGCAAAAGCAAUCUUACCAGGUAGCCUACUGUGGACCCAACCACCAGAGAAUUCUGAACGUUUGAAAGUAGGGCAGAGAGCACAAUGGGGACAUGGGAAUGUCUUCAUGGACAAUAGACCUCAGCAACACAUUCCCUCUCAUUUUGAAUGCCCUCUAGAGGACCAGCCGCUCUCAGUGUUCACAGACUUCCAGGCCCUGGAAAAACAGAGGCCGCCAGUAGAUAAAUCCCUCUUUUUGCAUGGCUCAGAGAAGGUGAUGCGGAGUAGUCUCACCAGCCAGAGCAGUGGCAGAGGGAGUGUCUCCUUCCUCAGGCCCCCUUCUCUGGCACAGUCUGUGGGGGGAAGCUACCUCAACUCACCACUGGGUGAAACCUCUAGUUGGUACAGCGGAGGGGGGUCCCAGGGCUCUAGUGCUGAAGACUAUAGGCACAGGAAGGACUCCUUAUUGGCGACUAUAAGCAAUAGGCGGAACACGUCUGUGGACGAGAACUAUGAGUGGGACUCAGAUUUUACUCUGGAAGCGGACCUCUUGGACGCCCUGCAGGUCUAUCGCAGCAGUAACGGUGGCCGGCCCAUCUCCACCAUCGAUGCAGGGGAAGUGGAACGUCAAAGUGUGAAACUUCCUUCUGAGGCAGCCCCUUGCCCGGCUGGAUCAGGAUCAGUGGACGCCCUCGAAAACCAUUACCCACCGACUUUGUCCAGCCCGGAGGAGCGCUGUGCGGCCUUAAAGGAGGAGUUUUUGGAAUACCAGAGGCGUAGGCGGGCGGCGCAGAAAGUGCACACAAGGAGCAAAAACUACGAAGAGUGUUUUGAGCAAGCGACGCUGUUUUGACCCCAAUCGUUGCUCCUCGGACUGGAUUAUACUUGUGCAACAAGACCAGAAGGGACACUGUUACUGUGAGCGUUAUCAGGUGUAUCUUAUUCACUGUCCCCUGUUCCGCAUUGCGUUUACCAAUACCCUGCGGUUACCAGUCAUCAGGGUUACCGGGUUAGCCAAUCAAAUGCUUUUUAUAAAAUCUCCGUUCUGCGCAUCUCUUGGGCGCCAACCAUCCGAUUUUCCCACGUAAAAAUAAUCCGCUUUAUACUGUUGAAUACCAUUAUUUUUUACAUUUUAUUUUUGUAGUCGAAGCUAAUUCGUUUGUUUCUAAAGUUUUGCAAGUAAAACUACAAAGGUGUAAAGUUGUCAAAGUCAACAAAAAAAAAGCUUUAUUUUUGGUUGUUAAUGUAAGAGGCCGGGAACGGCCUGUACCACAGCGCAGAGAGACCGAGGACGAAGAAUGGUCGCCAUGUUUACAUACAGUAUAUAUAAAGGAGACCCAAACCUCGCAGCAUUGGGACACAUUAGAUUUCUGCAUUGACCACGUCCCAAUCUGCUUAUACUGUGCCCUUUUUUCUCCCUUUAUUUUUUUUGCACUGAAAAAAUCAGGACUGUUCACGAAAAUUGGGUCUGCAGGGAAGUUUGAUAGUAGAAUAAGCCUUGUAGCAGGUUCCUCGGAGGAGGCUCGUACCCCCUGUGUCUCCCGCAGUUCCGCCGUUGAGCGGAAGAGUUGCAGCUCUGGUCCUUGGCAAGUGGGCACCUCUCUCUGCUUGCUGGGAAACUCUGAGCUCUUCCCGUUCCCCCGUGUGGGGCCGGCUGCGUUACAUGCAGUCUCAAGCAGAGCCCCUGUAUAUAUCUCCUGCGCUCCUGGAAUGCGGCCUGUGACAGCUCUGUACAUGCAGAGAGAGUAUGGAAUCACUAGUGACCUCGUUACAGAAGGAGGAUUCCCAGACGGCAGCUGAAACCUUUCAUCCCUUUCCUCUUCUCAGUUCUCCGCCUGACACAGAAUUGGCCAAGUUUCCCGAUAUUAUCCACUCUCUGAUAACCGUUCCAGCGUAAUUCCUUCACUGCUAUAUUAUAAGUGUAUUUAUAAUAUCGCUACCUUAAGCCUAUAAUGCGAGUUGGUUGAUAUGAAGGCGCUUCCGUGUAAGAGUUCUGUUUCCGAAUAGGGCGUGCAUAGCAUGUGGGGUGGGGGGAGGGGUCAUUUUAUUUUCUAUGCAGAGUUAAGUUAGUAGCUCUCAUUUACAUAGAAUGCAGAUUGUAUGUAGCGGAUCAGCCGGCAUGAGGGCAGAGCUUUCCGGCCGUGUCAGAUGCAAAGUGACCGCCAUUAUUGAGUAAGCGCCGGAUUGCACUACAUUCGUUUGCAAUUUGGAUAUCGGACUUGUUAGCGGGGGUAGAGCAUAUGGUCAUUACAUCAACAAUCACAAUGGUAACAGUCAAAAGAUCGACACCGUUAUGUUGAAAUGGUUAAAAUGUUGACACUGGGGGUUAUUCCAAGUUGAUCGCUAGCUGCAUUUGUUCGCAACGCAGCAUUCAGGCUAAAAAAACGGCAGUUCUGCGCAUGCGGCGCAAUGUAUACGCGCGACGUACGGGUACAACAAACAAUGUAUUUUCACACAGGGUCUAGCGAUGCAUUUCAGUCGCACUGGCUGCCGCAGAAUGAUUGACAUGAAGUGGGCGUUACUGGGUGGCAACUGACCGUUUUCAGGGAGUGUUCGAAAAAACGCAGGCGUGGCUGGGCGAACGCAGGGCGGGUUUGUGACGUCAAAUCUGGAACUGAAUGGUCUGAAGUGAUCGCAAGCGCUGAGUAGGUUAUGAGCUACUCUGAAACUGCACAAAUUUUUUUUGCUGGCUCUCUGCGAUCCUUUCGUUCGCACUUCUGCUAAGCUAAAAUACACUCCCAGUGGGCGGCGGCAUAGCGUUUGCACGGCUGCUAAAAACUGCUAGUGAGCGAUCAACUAGGAAUGACCCCCACAGUCAAAAUCUUGACGCAUGGCACGUUGGCUCAGUCAAAAUGUGGACAAUAGAAAUUUUAGGGUUAGGAUGAAAAUUGAGUAUCGACAUUAUGGGGCCUGGAUACUGAAUGUCGGCGUCUUGAAUGACAAAACACGUUAGUAAGUGAACCAUUGGCAUAUAUAUAAUGGGUGCAGGGGGUGUGGUGCACACGGGCCCCUGGGCUGGUAGAUGUAAUAUAGCGGAUACUGUAUAUAUAUCUGCCAUUAUAUUUUUAUAUAGGAAAGUUAUAUGGUAAAGCGUGAAAAAUGAGUUGGUUGCUACUUUACCUCUCUCCACUUUCUCUCUCCAAGUUUUGAUAAAUCUCCCCCAUAUCAUCGCAAACCUAUGCAGUUCUGGUUUGGUGUAGAAACGUUAUUGUUCUCGCGGGAUGCAGUUUCAUAUCCAACCAACUAGUAUUAGAGGCUUAGCGGUAGACUUUUGCUGGUUUUACUACCCAGGUGAGGACUGUCCUCCAAUUUCCAGUGUACUGUAGAUUUAAGACCAGAUUUGUAAUUCUGUAUUAUUCAUGGAACGUCUUAUUGGCCAAGAACAGUCAUGUGACUCUUUCUCCAAAAGGAACGUUGAAAGAAUUUAUAUCCCAUGAUGCAUUAAAGUCUCGCUGUCCUGCCCCCUCAUCACACCAUGCUAAUGAUAUACAGUCAUAUUACACUUAUUGCUGUCACACCAAAAUAUAAUAACAACCUACUUUGAUCAAGUUUAAAGUACUUCCGUUACUUACGGUGAAGGCAGCCAUUUUGUGAACCAGCAAGCAUUAACAUGCACCCUAUUAAAAGUCAAAGAGCAUAGAAUGA